GAUGUUAUCUUGAUAGUUUUAUAUCAUUUUGCCAGCUCUUACAUUACAUAGUUUGAUUUAGGCGAGUGGAACAUAUUAAAUACUAUCUCGUGUAGUAUUAUUAAAACUUCAAUAACAUAGUGUACAUAGGUUUUCAUUACACAGAACUUUGUUUUGUAGAAAAUUAAUUUUCUAUUUAUUUUUUAGUAAUAUUUUGCUUUUUUUUACAAUUGUCCUAUGACCAACGUGUAAUAAUUAAUUAAUGUUUAUAAACUAAAUAUAAGUAAUGUAUACUGAAGGUAGAUUUUCUAGUUGAAUUUAAUAUUCAAAAAAUGGCUUCAGUGCUUAAAAAGCAAAUUCUUAAACAACUAUCAAGGUUUACAAAAGGCUUAAAAGAAGAGGACAUAAAUAUAAGUACUUUCAAAGGUGAAGGUGAAUUAUCAUAUCUAGAACUCGAUGAAAAUGCACUAAUGGAUGUCUUAGAUGUGCCUUAUUGGAUUAAAAUUACUAGUGCAAAAUGUGAUAGAGUGUUUGUUCAAGUUCCAUUUAUGACCAUUAAAAAAGUUCCUAUAACUUUGACCUUAGAUAAAGUUUCUUUAGAAGUUGAAACUUGUGAAAAUGUAGAAGAAAUGGCAAUGCAUGAAAAUAUACCAGCUUUUCAACCAGGAAAAUACAAGUUUAUAAAUCAAAUUAUAGAUGGAAUUACAAUACAAAUAAAUGAAGUUAACAUCACAUUUAAAGAUCCAGCUUUCAAAGCUUCUCUACAGAUCCUUAAAGUACUUGUUCAAUCAAAGUCACCUAAUUGGGAGUUAACUAAUCUCAAAACAACACGGUUAAAAAAUGAACAAAAAACUCAAAUACUUAUAUUUAAAGAGUUGACAUGGCAAAUGAUAAGGAUUGAAUUAUAUCCAGUUAAUGAUCGAUCUAAACCUCCUAUAAAACUAUUUACAAAUGAUAUUAUAUGUCGCUUAACUAUUAAAAAAAGACUUUCUGAUUGCUUUAUACUAGGAUGUAAAUUAGCAAUAUUAAUUGAAGAACUUUUGUGUGUUUUCACUGAUUCUCAAAUGAAAGCUGCACUCCAUUACAUUGACUCAAUAGCUGGUAUAGUACAAAGAUCAAUGGAUCUUUCUAGAAAAAAUAAAGCAUUAAGAAAAUUAGAAUGUUUACCUGAGUAUCAAGCACAGUUAGAUCAGCAAAAAAGAGGUAAAUUUGUAUCAAGUUCAAAAAGUUCUUGUCUAUUUAGUUUUCAUGAUGUAAUUGAAACAUCUUAUCAUUUUGUUGCUCAAAAAGUAUUUCUUCAUCUCAGUGAUGACCCUGGAAGUCGUUCCCUUCAUCCAGAAUUACAAAAUGGAGGUUCUAUUCAAAUUGAAGUUAAUUCUUUUCAAAUUGAUCUAUACCCUUAUCAUUUAGCUGAAAGUGACAGAUUGCAUUGGGGUCUUUAUAAGAAAGCAAGUUCAUCAUUUUUUCAAUGGCUAAAGGAUUCUCAAAAUGAAUUUUGGGCUAAACUUUACACAGUGGUUCAAGAAAAACUUGAUUUAUCAGAUGAUUCAGCUUCAAAACUUAACAUUGCAAGACAAAUGAAAAAGCAGUAUUCAAAGCUCAUGACUAGUUGUACUGUUUUAAGGGUAUCAGAUUUUACUGUGUUUAGAGUUCAAACUGGCAAAAAACAAGACCCAAUUCAUUUUAUUAAAAGUGAUAAAGAAUGUCAUAAAUUGCCAUCUGAUUCAAAAGUAAUUCAUGCAGAAUUUACAUACUAUUAUUAUCCAGGAGACAUAGCAUUUCCUUUGCCUCCAUCAAAGUUUUAUGUUCAAUUAAAUCCAGUACAGCUCAAUUUUGAUAACUUAACAAUUAUAUGGUUAAAUACAUUUGCAUUAAAUGUGUAUAAAUCACUUAUGACUACUAAUGUUGCAAAUCAAGAAAAUUUAGGAAAUAUGAUUUAUAUAGACAUACUCAUUGAAGCAAUUAUGCCUCGUAUAAUAUUUGAAGAAUCAAAACAGAUUUAUUCUCAAAAAGAUAGACCAAAAUCAUUAAAUUUGCAAACCAGUCGUGCUACUAUAAGUAAUAUUCGCAAUAAUGAACAGGGUAUGUCUAGAACUGAUUUAUCAAACUGUAUAAAUAAUUUGCAACUGUCAUCUCUUUUUUACACUUCUGAAUAUCCAGUUAAAAAAGGAGAUUGUCAUCCUAUAACUCAAAAAUUUAUAGACCAUGCUCAAGGUAAGGAUGAUAUACGAAAACUCCCUAAUGUAAUACUUGGUAAUUCAUUAGAUGAAUUUAUGAAUGAACUUACACAAGAACUUUUGUGGAUAGAAGCAAAAGAUGUAUGGUGCAUUCGACUAGAUCCAGUAUGGGGUGACUUUUAUGGAGCUCGAGCAGUUGGUUCAUAUCCUGUGCCAUUUUUGGAAGCUUUUCCAUUGACCUUAUGGAUUGAACUUCCUACAUUAACCUCAAAAACAGAAAAAUUACAAAAUGUUAUGAAGCAUGGUGAUAUCACAGUUUUGUGUGAUGUAUCAAAUUUAAUUAGCAUUCAAAUAAAUCAUUAUCAAUAUCUAUUUCUAAUGCGCAUAGCUGAUAUUGUUGAUGAAUUAACUACUUAUGUAAUUGCGGAUCAACAUAAUAUAAUAAAAGAUAACAAAAAUGGAUCAUUUGUCUUAGCGGCCUUAAUUACCCAAGUAGAAAUAACAUUUGUUACAAAUGCUAUUAUAAAUAAGAUUGGUGGAGUUGAUGAUAUUAGUUCAAGUGUUGUAAUUGAUUCAUCUAGUAUAGCUACACAAAGUGGACAUAGUGUUCAAUUAAGCAAUGUAGUACAAACUACAUAUGAGGAUGUAGGGUAUGUUUAUGAUAUGAGCCAAUCAUUAAAAAUGCCAUUAGCUAUUUCAACAACUAAUGUUAAUGUGAAGCAUAAGGAGUUUAUAUCAAACAAAUCAGCUUCUGUUGUUUAUGAUAAUCUUAAAGAAAUGUCUCAAAUUAAAAUGGCAGAAUCUGUAACUAAUGAUAUAAAUUUGCCUUCAUUCAAAGGAAUGAAAAAACGGUGGUUUACUUUUGGUGCAUCUAUUGAUGUUCAAACUAAACAGAAUGACGAUUUUAAUGAUAAUGUUUCUGUUAGGUCUGACUUAAGUUCAGAUAGUGAGAGUUUACUGGAUUUAAGUUUAGACACUGUAUAUGGUGCUGAUGUUAUAUUUAGAUUUCCAUCUUCACAGAAAUCUAAAAGUGGUAUAUCAAAAAAUAUUGAAUUUGCGGCUGAAGCUUUUGAUGAUAUUGGUGGAGGAGGUGAAUUAACGCCACCUACAACAUCUAGUGAACGAGAUUCAAUUGGUAGUUCUAUUAAACGAAAAGAUCUAAUUUCUAUAACUACUCUUAAAUUGGGACGUGUAGAAGUUGUACAUCAAUCUAAAGGUUUAAAUUCAAUUGUUAAAGUUCAAAUUACCAAUAUUGAUACAGAUGAAUGUCCGUGUAUACCAUGGGAUGAAUUUCAAGAUAAAUUCAUCACUAGAACACGGGACUGGAAUGAAGUAGAUGGUGUUGAAGGUGUACCACAAUUACCUCAAGUUAUGCUCCGAUUGGAACAUGAUAUAAUACCUCAUUUUGAUGUAAAAUCAAUACAAAAUAGCCCUUGGAAAAAUGAUCAACUCUCUGCUAGAAUCAAUAAUAUUUCCUUAUCAUUAAAUUCGUGUUCAUUAACAAACUUAGGAGACUUCUUUCUUGACGAACAGCCAUCCAAACCUCCUGCUUUUGAAGCCACAAUUGAGAACACAAAAAUAUUAUUUUACAAUAGUUUAUUACAAAAUGAUUCUCAGGGAGCUAUAAAACUCUCUAACACUGAAAUAUGUCUUAACAAAUUAAAAAUUAAAAGAACUAAAGAUGGACUGAUAUGCAUUGAGCCUAAUUUAGAAGACUACAAAAAAACAAAUGACUGUGAUGAUCAAUUAUUAAAAGUCAUACAUGAAUCAAAAAAACUUUCUAUUGAAAAUGAAUAUCUCUAUAGAAAACUAGCUACUCUAGAGCGUUUAAAAAAAGAAAAUUUUGAGUUGAAAAAACUUGUUGAAGAAAAUAAGAACUUAAAAUAUUGGUUAAAUUCGGCACAAGAUAACAUUAGUAAACUUUUAGAAGAAAAGCAAAAUCUUUUAGACCAAGUUCAAAAUAUAAAAGAUUCUAAAACACAUGUUAUUGUUGCAUCGAAAAGAUAGCGCACAUGUUGGUGCUUUACUUGCACAAAUGAUGGAUCACCAGUGUGAUUUACACAGCAAGAAAAUUAUUUGUUAUUGCUAUAAUAUUUGUUAGAUAAAUACUUGGGUAUUAGAUUGAAAAUAUUAAAUAUACUUCUUUAACUAUUAUUACAAUGGUUGUUUUUUUUUUUUUUUAUUCGUUUGUUGUUAAUUAAAAGAUUUCUAAAUUUGACAUAAAUUAACAAAAACAAUAAUAUUACAUUUCUAUUUUGACAAUUCAAAGACGAUUAUCAAUUUUAACUAGGAUUAAAUAAAAAUAAAAUUUUGAAAAAUUUUAAAAUAACAUUUUUUUACUACAAAAAAAUUUUAUUUGCUUCAUGUUAAAUAACAUUUUUAACUAUCAUGUUAUGUAUUCAAUCAUAAGUACUGAAAUUAAGACUUUAAUAAUAUUAAUUGUGUUAUAACUUAUUAGAGUAGUAUUUAAAUGGUGUUCGUUCAUAUUUUAUCAUAUCUGUUAUAUUAUUUCAUAUUUUUAUUACUGUUUAUUUUAUAUUAUUUUUAUAUUUGCUGUGAUCAUAAUUAUUACUUUUGAUACAAUUGUAUAAUAAUUCUUCUCAUUAUACUUAAAUAAUUGUUUACCUUCUUCUUAAUUGUGAUUUAUAGAAACUUAUCACUAGCAUUUAUAUAAUAUUUUUCUAUACAAAUUUUUUUCUUUUAAAAUAUCCUCUAAAUAUCUAUAAUAAAAGUCAUUAAUAAUGGUAUAAAAUGUUAAUUAAUUAUCAGAACAAUUUUUAUAACUGGCAAUUUAAUGUUAAAAGAUAAAUUGAUAAAUGCAAUAAUUUUUGUUAAAAUUUAUUGUUUUUUUUUUAUUAAAAAUAAACAGGGGAAAGGAAGACUAAAUAUUAUUAUACAUUUUUAAUGUAUAUUUUAAUAUUUCAAAAAAAUUAAUGUUAAGAACAUUAUUAAUUACUUACUAUAUAUUUUUAAUGUAGCUGAGAUAUUAACAAACUAAUUAAUUUUAUUAUAUUAAAUAUUAUUUCAACUGAAAUACUUUUUAAAAAUUUAAAUUAUACAUACUUUCUAAAACUUUUACAUCAUUUAUUAAUGUUUUUAAUUUUGAAAAUAAGCAGCAGCAUUUUAUUUUCUAUUAAAAAUGUUUUGAUAAAAUUAAGUAUAAAUUUAAUUUUUAUAUUUUAAUUACAAGAUUACAAAACAAUGUUUUUCUUUUUUUAUUGUACUAUGCAUAUCAGUAUAUUCCUUUCUAUAAUUUACUAAAAAAAAAUACCAUCUUUGAAUUUUAAGGUAGUUAUAUAUUUAAAAUUAUGCUUUAUGUUUCUUUGUUGUUGUUACUGUGUUUGCAUAUAAUAAUUUACUAGCUACAUUUUUAAUAAAGCAGUUUAAAAUUAUUUUAUAUACUUCGCUCAAACAUGUCGUUAAGCUUAGCAAUAAAUAUUUACAACAUUUAAAAAAUAUUAUUUAUGUAUAUUUUUAAUGAGUCCAAUUCCAAUAUAUAUAUAUAUAUAUAAAUUAUAUUCAUUGUUUCAAUACAUAUUCUAUACUAUUUAUUGAAUAAUAUUAUUUGUUCAUUUUUUUUUAACGAUUGAUCCUUUUAAUGUGUUAAAUGAUAAAUAUAAAAUGUUGAUUGUUGCAUGAUUUUGAAUAUAUACAUCACAUUACGUCCAUGUUUGCUGUGCUUAAUUAAAUUUUUAUGUUAUUCAACUGAUUUUUUGAAACUUCAUUAAUCAGAUUAUUUAUUUGUAUACAUUCUAUUUAUUAUUAUAGAUUAUACAUUUUUUAAUUUAAAAACUAUUUGUCAUUAAUAACAAACAUUUAAAUAUCCAGGCUAUUUAACAAAGAAGAACAAUUGUUUAAAAAAUAUUUAAAUACACAUUAUUUAUUGUGCUAUAAUACUUCCUUUAAAUAUUUAAUAAUAUAAAAUUCUAUUACAAAUGAA